AUGGGCGAUGCAACACCCACUCCGGUUAAGUCCUCGUUCCACCUGGCCCUCGCGGUCUUGAAUAUCAAGAAUCACAUCUCUGUUAUUCUUGAGAUGGAGAACUCACAAUACGGAACAUGGGCCGAGCUUUUCAAGAUUCAUGCUCGUUCUCACAAGGUCCUUCAUCACAUCAUUCCUCCCCCCACAGGUAAGGAGAAGCCGACUCCCAAAACUGAUGAGGAAGUCGAAUUAUGGACGACCAUUGACGCCACCGUGCUUCAAUGGAUAUAUUCGACAAUUUUGAAUGAUCUGUUAAACACCAUUAUCGAACCAGACGCUACUGCCAUGGACGCUUGGGUUCGCUUGCGUGAUAUAUUCCAAGAUCAUCAAAACUGUCGUGCGGUGACUCUCGAACAAGAAUUCACGACGACUCGUAUGGAGGAUUUUCCCAAUGCCUCCGCUUAUUGUCAACGUCUAAAGAACCUUGCGGAUCAACUGAAAAACGUCGGGGCUCCCGUGACGAAUAGCCGCCUUGUCCUUCAACUGGUUUCGGGUCUCACUGAAGCGUACAAAGGGGUUGGGACACAAAUUCGCCAUGCUAAGCCUCUCCCCUCAUUCACAGAGGCUCGGUCUUCCCUUGUUUUGGAAGAACGUGAACUUGCAGCCAUGGUUUCUCACGGGUCUGGUUCGGCUAUGGUAGCCGCGGUCGACGAUGCUGCACGUCAAUAUGAAAACACAAGCUCACACCGAGGGAAAAACAAAAAUUCCCACCGCCACAAUUCUGGGAAUGGCCGUAAAGGGGGUUCUGGCCGCGGCUCAGGCGGCGGAAAAAACAACUCCGGCGGACGCGGUGGUUCAGGCCGUAGCAGCGGUGGUGCACAGCCAGCGGGCUCCUCUUCGCAGCAGUGGCAUGCCGGACAACUUGGUCACUGGCAGUGGGUACCGCAGACUCGAUGGGUUGCUGCUCCUCCCCCAUGUCCGUACCCAACCAUUACUUGGGCUCGUCCCCCAACUGGCCCACCAAGGCAGCAAGGAUUUUCAGACGGGGAUGGCACUAAUGCGGUGUGA